CGGGCGGGCCGGGUGGCGUGGUCGCGAGGCGCGAGGGAGGGCCGGGCUGCUCCUCCGCCCCCUGGGGCCAGCGCGUCGAACCGCGCACCUGGCAACGGCGCCGCGUCCCCGCCCGCCCGCGCCGGUCCGCACCCCCUGCCGGCGGCCUCGAGCGCUCGCUCGUUGAUGCCGUUCUGGGGGUGACCCGGCGCGGCUCCGCGGCGGCGGGGCGCUAGACGACGCCAGCCCAGCGACGCGGGAGCGGGACAUGCUGGAGCUGCGGCACCGCGGGGGCUGCCCCGGCCCUGGUGGAGCCGGGACGCCGCCACCCCGCGAGGGAGAGGCGGCCGGCGGCGACCACGAAACCGAGAGCACCAGCGACAAAGAAACAGAUAUCGAUGACAGGUAUGGGGAUCUCGAUGCCAGAGGAGAUUCCGAUGUUCCUGAGGUCCCACCAUCCUCAGACAGGACCCCCGAGAUUCUCAAGAAAGCCCUCUCCGGACUGUCUUCAAGAUGGAAGAACUGGUGGAUUCGUGGGAUCCUCACCCUCACCAUGAUCUCCCUCUUUUUCCUGAUCAUCUACAUGGGGUCCUUCAUGCUGAUGCUUCUGGUUCUGGGCAUCCAAGUGAAAUGCUUCCAGGAGAUCAUCACCAUCGGGUACCGGGUCUAUCACUCCUAUGACCUCCCGUGGUUUAGAACACUGAGUUGGUACUUCCUUCUGUGUGUGAACUACUUCUUCUAUGGAGAGACAGUGGCAGAUUACUUCGCCACGUUUGUUCAGAGGGAGGAGCAGCUGCAGUUCCUCAUUCGCUACCACAGGUUCAUAUCCUUCGCCCUCUACCUGGCAGGUUUCUGCAUGUUUGUCCUGAGCUUGGUGAAGAAGCACUACCGACUGCAGUUCUACAUGUUCGCAUGGACGCACGUCACUUUACUGAUAACCGUCACUCAGUCACAUCUUGUCAUCCAAAAUCUGUUUGAAGGCAUGAUAUGGUUCCUUGUUCCCAUAUCGAGCGUCAUCUGCAAUGACAUCACGGCUUACCUUUUCGGAUUUUUUUUUGGAAGAACCCCUUUAAUUAAGCUGUCUCCGAAGAAGACCUGGGAAGGAUUCAUUGGCGGUUUCUUCUCCACAGUCAUAUUUGGAUUCAUUGCUGCCUAUGUGUUGUCCAAGUACCAGUACUUUGUGUGCCCGGUGGAAUACCGAAGUGAUGUCAACUCCUUCGUGACGGAGUGUGAGCCCUCAGACCUGUUCCAGCUUCAGAAUUACUCCCUUCCUCCAUUUCUGCAGGCAGUGCUGAACCGGGAGACGGUGAGCUUGUACCCCUUCCAGAUACACAGCAUUGCCCUGUCAACGUUCGCCUCACUGAUCGGCCCCUUUGGAGGCUUCUUCGCCAGUGGGUUCAAAAGAGCUUUCAAAAUCAAGGACUUCGCGAACACUAUUCCUGGGCACGGCGGGAUAAUGGACAGGUUCGACUGUCAGUAUCUGAUGGCGACGUUCGUGCACGUGUACAUCACCAGCUUCAUCAGGGGUCCGAAUCCCAGCAAAGUGCUCCAACAGCUGCUAGUGCUUCAACCAGAACAGCAGCUAAAUAUCUACAGAACCCUGAAGAUGCAUCUCACCGAGAAAGGGAUCCUGCAGGCCACCGUGAAGGUGUAGCCGCCCCGAGGGGAGAGGGCGGACUGCGGGGGGAUGAGCUGCAGACCAGCUCUGACUGAAGUGCACUGAGCCAGCCUGGGGCUAAAAACUCAGUAGAUUCAGGCUUUGCAGAUACGAAUGUUUCUUUCUCUGAAAUUACUGUGAAUAUUUAACAAACACGUGAUAUAAAAAAUGAGCGUGCAGCAGUCGCCCACCCAUGAAAGAUCCUGUACUUUUCUAAGAUGUAUUUUCCAAUGUUAAGUUCUCUGCCCUCACUGGCCGGGUUCCCUGAUUUAGAAGACGUGCAUUUUAAAGAGUUAAACACUAUCACCUGAGGAGGCCCUCUUAGGGUGGUGCGUGGCAGUGUGAUCUUUUGCACAAACAUUGACCUUUGCACCGGGAACUGCCUCUUUGUAGCUUGAUGCCCCACAGGCAGGCAUCGUGGGAAGUGAGGGCUCGGGGCUCCCUCCUCUAAGGAUCUCAAGCAUUUCUGAAGGGCUGAGUUAGAUUAAAAAAGAAAGAAAAAGAGCGAUUGUCCACUUUUUCCUCUCUUCUUUUUGUUUGUUCAUAGUACUGGGGCAAGACCCCAGGGUCUGGUACGCACCAGGCAGGUGCCCCUCUCCUGGGCCCUGCCCAGGCUGGACUGCCCACCUUCAGAGAAAUAGUCAUCUGCCAAGGGGAAACACCCUGGCUUUAAGUAGUUUCAACAUUCAGAAGCUAGAGGCUGAAGCUUACACCACUAUUGAUUUGUUUAAGAAGUUAUCAGGAUCUAUUUCUGAGGAAACUUGUGGAGAAGCACCUAACCUCCUUCCUAAGAGACUCAGAGUGGUUCUGUGUGAGGAGCCUGCAUGAGGCCCCUCCACCAGAAAUACCUCACCAGGGACAGUAGUUCCAUGAGUGAUUUGGGGUGGUGGCUGAGCCCCAGCAGGCUGCCUGGGGUGAGGCACUGGAGCUGGGACCUGCCUCUCUCUGUACACCACACCUGCAAAGAGGAGAGUUUUCCCUAAAGGCCCAGCUCAGGGCCAGCCCGCUGCUGGUCAUUCACCUCUGUCAUAUUGCACUUCCCCUCACCUCACGAAACCCAAGAAUACAAAUCUAGCAGAAACAAUAGCCAUGAAGGAGACAAGCACAGGAAUGCCACACCUUCCCCGGGUGGGGAAGGCUAGCGGAUCUGCUGCUGCUGCCUGCGCUCUGCAGCCACACUUAACCAAACGUCCCCGUCACCCCGCAGAGAUGACCUAGUUCCCCAGCCGCAGCACCCAGAGAGGGAGCAGUGGAGGCACUGUAAGGGAUAAUUUGGCAUUGAAAAGAGUAAAUAUUUUGUUUAAUUUAGAAAUGAGUUUGCCAUGACACAUUUCCUUCCCACUGAGAUGUACCCAGGUUCUGAGGCUGAGCCGUAGCCAUCACCAGCUCUCCACGCACGGGGUGUCUGCGGGAACAUGGCAGACGCUAUGGUCCUCAGUCCUCAGAGAAAACACCGCUGUUGGCCCCUGGGUGACUUGUGACCCUGGGCUGCAUUCAGCCCGCAUCCUCUGCAUACAACUGACCCAGUGGAAGCCUGGUAGCCACCUUAGGUGAUUCCCUCUCAGUCGGGCCACCGGGAGCUGAUGUCAGCUGCCCCUGCUCUUGUUUGUCCCACACCCUGCCCCAGAUGUCGACCAUAAAUGAGUUGCAGGCACCAAAGAGACCGAGGGAAACGGAGAACGGGCAGUUUGCAAAGGUAAAGGAUGCUUGAGGACAAGGUGGUGGCUUCUUACCCACCAUGUUGUCGCGGCGAGGGGUUGCGAGCAGAGUGCAAGAGCAUUAAUACAUGUAUUAAAAAUCAAUAUACUUCUAAACAAAGGAUGAAACCAGGACUAUUUGGGGUUACAGUAAAAGCUUCCCACAAAUAGAUUUUUUUUUUAGAGCUGGGUGUACAUUAUGCCAUAUUAAAAACAAGUGAGUUCUUUAACAAUGCUCCAGAGAUGAGCAUUCUAGCAUACUUUUUAUAGCGUGUAUAUUAAAGUGGACUAUACUUUAGCAAACAAUUAUCAUGAGAGCCAGACUCUGAUCAGCGUUACAUUUGCACUGGAAGAGCCUUCAUCCAGUGGAGUGAUGUGGUGGACAAAUGACAACCAGGAAGGCCCUCCACAGCGGUCACCAUCGAUGGAAGAAAAUUGCCGUUGGAACUGCCGCAUGACCUCUUAGCCUUUGGGAUGGUAAUGUCUGAGAACGGGCAUUCUCCCGAGUCUGUCUUACUGAAAACAGGGCAUUCUCCCGAGUCUUACUUGUGGUUUCACACAGACAGUUGCUGUCUGAGAUUAAAGGCUGCCCUUCCCUCCUUUGACCCUUCGCACUUUGAACAGAGGUCAUGGCGACACCUGGUCUGAUGAGAAGAAAUGUCGUGACAAUGUGGACAUACUGUAUAGGGUGAGAGUUUAUGACAUGUGUCAAUCAGUCCUCUGAAUCUUUUUACUGAAACUGGAAUAGAAAAAUAAACA